AUGCCUCCCAAGCGCCGAACUCACGACGAUGACGCGUCCGGAUCAGACGCGGGCUCUGACUUCUCAGCACCGGCACCGGCUCCAGCAAAACGCGUCCGCAAGAGCUCCGGUACAACAGCAUCGGCUCCAGCAUCGCACACACUCGAGUCUCUGCUCACGCUUCCACACGACGAGCUCGCAAAGUAUGCCUACGACCUUCAAACACAGCUGUCGACACUUCAACAAAGCGGCGGCAGCGGAGGAGAGGUAUGGAGCGAUGACAAGGUCGCAGAGCGUGCAAAGAAGACCAGAGAUGUGUGUGCAGCAGAGAUCAAGAAACAGAUGAAGUGGCAGCCUAGCUGUAAGACUGGAACCACAAAGUGGAGCUAUACUGGUAUCGUGCCGCAUGAGGACGUCUUCUACAAGCUCUUUGGUUUCGAGAAGCCGAAGAAGGCGUGGAAGCAGAAGAAAAUCGACAUGGCCGACUUCGAGGAGAAGAUCGGUUAUAUCAGUAACUCGAUCCGAUACAACAAUCUGAGGAUCACAGGCGACGGUGUCAAAGUCCACUGGGAUCAAGAGGAGAAGACUUUCAAGCUGACUGGAACUUAUGGAUUGUAA